CGACCGUCCGGCUUCCCCGCUGCUUGCUUUGCGACGCUGUCGUGUAAGGGCGCGCUUUACGGCCGCGGGGACGCAGCGCCAGGGCCUCUCGGCCGGGAAGCAGGGGAGGCGGGCGAGGUUGAUGCCCGGCGGCGGGGCGAGCACGGCGUCUGGCCGGCUUCUGUCCUCGGCGGAUCACAGAGGGGCGCGAGAGGCGGCGGCGGCGUUGCGGAGCGGCCCGGCGGGCGCGAGCGGAGGCCGAGGCGGAACAGGUGGCCCCGGGCCGGGGACUGGAGGCCCCGGGGGCCCCGCGGGCAGGAUGAGCCUGACCCCGAAGGAACUCUCGAGCCUGCUGAGCAUCAUCUCGGAGGAGGCGGGCGGCGGCAGCACCUUCGAGGGCCUGUCCACCGCCUUCCACCACUACUUCAGCAAGGCCGACCACUUCCGCCUGGGCUCGGUGCUGGUGAUGCUGCUGCAGCAGCCGGACCUGCUGCCCAGCGCGGCGCAGCGCCUCACGGCGCUCUACCUGCUCUGGGAGAUGUACCGCACCGAGCCGCUCGCCGCCAACCCGUUCGCGGCCAGCUUCGCGCAUCUGCUCAACCCCGCGCCGCCCGCCCGCGGCGGACAGGAGCCCGACCGGCCCCCGCUCUCAGGGUUUUUGCCUCCUAUAACUCCACCAGAAAAGUUUUUUCUUUCCCAGCUGAUGCUGGCACCCCCAAGGGAACUCUUCAAAAAGACCCCUCGCCAGAUUGCAUUGAUGGAUGUUGGAAACAUGGGGCAGUCUGUGGACAUUAGUGGCCUCCAGUUAGCCUUGGCAGAACGUCAGUCGGAACUGCCAACCCAGAGCAAAGCUAGCUUCCCAAGCAUCCUUAGCGACCCAGACCCGGAUUCCUCCAACUCUGGCUUUGACAGCUCGGUUGCCUCUCGGAUCACAGAGUCUUUGGUCAGCGGGCCAAAACCGCCUAUUGAAAGCCAUUUUCGGCCAGAAUUUAUCCGCCCACCGCCGCCGCUCCACAUCUGUGAGGAUGAACUGGCCUGGCUGAAUCCCACAGAGCCCGAGCAUGCCAUUCAGUGGGAUAAAUCAAUGUGUGUGAAGAACAGCACUGGUGUGGAGAUCAAGCGAAUCAUGGCCAAAGCCUUCAAAAGCCCUUUAUCUUCUCCCCAACAGACGCAGCUCCUUGGCGAGUUGGAGAAAGACCCCAAGCUUGUGUACCACAUCGGCCUUACUCCAGCGAAGCUUCCGGACCUUGUGGAGAACAACCCUUUAGUCGCUAUAGAGAUGCUGCUGAAGCUGAUGCAGUCAAGCCAGAUCACGGAGUACUUCUCUGUCCUGGUCAAUAUGGACAUGUCCCUACACUCGAUGGAAGUUGUCAAUCGUGCUCUCUUGACCCUCAAGCUUGUUCCUCAGCUGCUGAGGCUUCUUCCCGUGUUAUCGUGUAACGGCUGCCUCCAGCCAAGCCUGCUGGCUCUGCUCAGUUCUCAACUAACGACAGCUGUUGAUCUGCCUCCUGAGUUUAUUCACCUCUACAUAUCGAACUGCAUCUCUACUUGUGAGCAGAUUAAGGAUAAAUACAUGCAGAAUCGCUUGGUGCGCCUCGUCUGUGUGUUUCUCCAGUCGCUGAUCCGCAACAAGAUCAUUAACGUGCAGGACUUGUUUAUUGAAGUGCAGGCCUUCUGCAUCGAGUUCAGCAGGAUACGGGAAGCCGCAGGCCUGUUUCGAUUGCUGAAGACACUGGAUACUGGGGAAACCCCUUCCGAGACCAAACUCUCAAAAUAGUACCUCACAGACCUGCUCUUCUGUUGCUCAGCUGUACUUGGAUUGGCGUUUAAAACUUGUAACUCUUGAGUAGAUUGCUUGCUUUAUUCUACAAAAUAUAAACGACACUUUAUUUACUUAAAGCAAAAGUUCCUUUUUCCUAGCUAGGUUUCCCAUGGAUGAAUUUUGGUAAGAACUUGAGGGAAAUGUAUCUUUCUCUUGCUGAUGACAAUCCAUUGCAGGAAUAGCUAUUCUAAACAUAGUUAUGCAGGAAAGAA